UUUCAGCAAUCAGUUCAGUUACACGGUGAAUCAGAUCAAUAUGAAACAAAUUCUCUUGGCUUUGGCCCUCUUCGGCUUCGCCGCCUGCGGCCGCUUGGACAGCCAAUACCUGCCGCCCAACAACGCCGGAAGAGGCUACCCCUCCGGCUCCGGCUCCUACUCCGGCCCCUACUCCGGCUCCUACUCCUCCAGCAGCUCCGGCUCCUACUCCUCCGGCCACUCCGGCCCCCAGGUCCCCAUCCUCCGCUCCGAGAACACCAACAACGGCGACGGCACCUACAGCUACGCCUACGAAACCGCCAACAGCAUCUCGGCCCAGGAACACGGAACCGGAGGCGUCAGAGCCGACGGAGGGUUCUCGUUCACUUCUCCGGAAGGUCAGCAGUUCCAGCUGACCUACACCGCCGACGAAAACGGAUUCCAUCCGCAAGGGGCCCACCUUCCCACUCCACCGCCAAUCCCCGAAGCCAUCUUGAAGUCCAUCGAAUUAAACAAAGCCGAAGCUGCACGCGGUGGGUACCAGGAGGGCGCCUACAACGAGGGUCUUUACACUCCUCCGAGCACCAGCUACGGCACUCCGGUGCGCAAUUAUGUGCCUCCGGCACCCUCCCGUUCUUACGUGCCAGCCAAAAACAAUGGAGGUUACAGAUACUAAAAUAAAAUUGAUAAUAUUUAAAUAAAUUUAU